GAGAAAGAGGGAGAGAAUGGGGAGAGAGAGUUUAUCAGAAAGACGAAUAGGCUACUUUUUUUUUUACAUAUAUCAGAAAAAUAGACACGUCAAAAAUGAAGAUCAAAUCCAAGUCGUAUCAUAAAUCUGAGAACACAUUCAGGUUUCUCACGUUUGCUGAACGGCUUGCCAAUGUCAAUAUCGAUGUCAUCCAUCGCAUUGACAGAACUGAGAGUUAUAAUGAGGAGGUAGACACUUACUUUUCAGAAGGACUGACAAAAUGGAGGGACCUGAAUUUGACAGAGCAUUUCACCACCUUCCCGAGGGAGGUGUCCAACAAGAGCCAGUCCUUCAACCUUCUAGUGUUCCAUCAGAGGUCUAUAGUGGACAGCCUGAAGACUCACCUUAGUACCAAGAACAGCCUUGCCUGCCAGUCUCUACUGGAGUAUGUACCUGAGAUUACUGUGUGUGUGUGUGUGUACCUGAGAUUACAGUGCGAGGCUGAGGAGGAUGGUACAAACUAUGAAUAGGAAUAUGUUCUUUAGAAUAUGUUCCUAAAUUUGCCAAUAAAUAAGGCACACAAGCUUCAUGUCACGUGGAAACAAAUGUCAUGUUUGUUCAUC